UUUACAUUACAGCACGAGCAAGGCGUGCCUUUCAUUCAAAGAGCGUUGAGAUAAGUGAGCGUGAAUAAUAACUGACCUUCCACGCGCCCUUCUGGCACCCUGACGAUUGUCUUCUCGUCAAAGACGAGCGUCUCGGACAUCAUGUACCCGCCGGCGCAAAGCAUCAACCUCGACAUUGACGCAUUAAGCGGCAUUUGCGGGUCAAUAUCAAUAGCAUGCUGGAUCGUCGUGUUUUCACCUCAAAUCAUUGAGAAUUUCCGAAGGAGUUCGGCCGAAGGGCUGUCCGUUGUGUUCAUCAUAACGUGGUUGAUCGGAGAUAUCUUCAACAUCCUCGGGGCCGUUCUGCAGGGCGUCUUGCCAACCAUGAUCAUUCUGGCCGUGUACUACACGUUGGCCGACCUGGUUCUGCUCGGCCAAUGUUUUUACUACAAAGGUUUCACGCUGAGCGACGACAUCUCAGCUCCCGCCUCGAACGGCAGAGCCAAUGAAACUGCGCCGCUGCUCAGAAACGGAGAUGAACGUCCCGAAAGCAGCGCGACGCAGAACCUUCUCACCGAUUCUGGACGCCGGCUGUCCGGCAGUUCGUUCAGGGAGAGGCUGAUGUCGCUCGACGGAACGCAUUUCUCCCCGACAACGCCGUUGCAUCCAGACGCGGGUGCGCAAGAUCCACCUAAGGAGCCGGUGGCUCAGACCACGCCCCAGCGAAUCUUCUUCAACGGCGUAAUCGUCCUGCUGGUGUGUUUGAGCGGGGUCCUUGGCUGGUGGCUCAGCAACCGCACGACAACAUCCAGACGCGAAGGCGGACCUGAUCUGCCAGAUAAGCCAGAGGUGAUAUCCUUCAACACACUCGGCCAGGUAUUCGGAUACGUUUGCGCGGUCCUCUACCUAGGAUCAAGGGUUCCACAGCUCUUGCUUAAUUACCGUCGCAAAUCUACGGAGGGAAUAUCGAUGCUGUUCUUUCUUUUUGCUUGCGUGGGAAAUCUGACGUAUGUUCUCAGCAUAUUUGCAUACUCGCCCCAAGCGGCGUGCGAAGAGCCGAGAGCUUGCAAGCCCGGCGAAGCAGCGCGCAUGUAUGGAAAGUACAUCGCCGUGAACCUGUCAUGGAUCCUGGGCAGCUUCGGAACUUUGCUUAUGGAUGCCGGAGUGUUCGUGCAGUACUUUCUGUACCAGGUAGACGAUGAAAGUGACAUUGAUGCCUUCGAGGAGGCCCUUGUGGUUGACGCAUCUGAGGCAGAGGUGAGAAGGGAAAGACGGCGACGAAGAUCGGUCACGUUUGUAGAUUAAGGUCACGAAAUGUCUGAUUUACCUCUCGUCGCCCAUCCCUGUCCGAAUCGUCUUGUUUAAUAUCUCCAAGCCUGUGUAUAACUGAAAUAUUGCCUGCUGUUGCUUUGGAACAUGGUAAUUCCGACCAUAAUGCCCUACCUGCACACCAACUAAUCACUUUGCUUGAAUGCUAUCUUCCAUGCUCUCAAAGCCUAACCGAAGAUUGCGGGUGCUGUACACUGUUGUCAUUCCCUGCCGCAACAGCGAGUUGUGCUCGCCUGGAUGAUCUCCCUCUAGGUUUCGGAGGUCCGUAAUAAAUUUAUCGAACUCGUCUCCACCACGUUUCUCGAGAUAGGCAACAACUUUGCGGAUCAUGUUGCGCAUGAGGGCGCUAUUCCUGGCUUCCCAGCCACCUAGCAGGUGGACGAGCUCCUGGUCAACUGUCGAAUUGGCGACGCCCUCCACUGCAGUGGAAGAGGUAG